AUGGCCCCAGGAUGGACAGCUGAACCUCCUCAGUUUCCCCAGGAAGGGGGUGGGCAAAGAGGGGCCCAGCCAUCUGGGGUGGGGGGUGGUGAGAAGGGGGACCCGCUUCUUGUCUUCUCCAGGCUUUCCUUCCCAGCAGCCUUUCAGGGAAGCCAGCCUAGCGCAGAGGCGCUGUUUCAGGGCCCCCAGAUGCGCCCCACCAUGUGCUCCUCCAGGAGAGGCCUUUGCAGAGGGGACUAUGUGUCCUGGGGGCUCCCAGCUACCCCGUGGUGCCAGUGCGGCCUGGGUCUCCUUGCCGCACACCCUCACAACACACCUGGCCUCCCCAGCCUGUGCCCAAACCCACCAACUUCAUUCAUUCACUCACUUUUUCAGCAAGUGUUUACCUGA